CGCUGCCCUCACGCCGGAUUUAACAUGGCGGCGGGACCAAUUUCGGAGCGAAACCAAGGUAGAUAACUCUUUAUAUCUUACAAUGAACUUCAUCAAAUGUAUCCAUAUGAGUAGUUUACAUCACAUUUUAACGCAUGGCCUGAGCAUUAUAGCUAAAACUCUAGCUAAAUUAAGUAGCUAGCCAUAUCCCUUGCCUGUGUGACUCCAUUCCAUUGCCAAACAAAGCUAGCUAGCUAGCUUCAAUCUCGUUUACUAGCCAACGUUUGCUAUAUCUAACAAGCUACAUAUCGCUAGCCAUGUAUUUUCAUGUCCUGACGGACUCGUCAGAUUUGUCUAUGAUGUGUCUGCCGGUCUAUGAAUGGGUAGCUAGCUGGGUCAUUCCUAUUAUACGGUGCCUUUUCUGUCCCCAGGAAAUGUCAGUUAUUAUUUAGUAUAACAUUUGAAUUCCAAAAGGCAUUAAAUAUAAGGUCAGGUGUCUACCUUAAAAAUACCAAUAUAUGGAUCCUGAAAGGGAAUUUUAUGCAUUUUAAACACUUUUUGUCAGUGGUUGUAGGCCAUUUUGCCAUGUCCCCAGGUGUUAUUUAUCAACUUCCACAAGAAAUAUAAGCCAUAAGCCAUAAAAUGUUUAAUCUUCAUUAUUUUAUAGUCAUAGUUAGUCUCGUUCAUCAAUAGUUUUUUUUAAUGAUUAUUCUAUUAUUUAUUAAAGAUUUUCUGUGUGGCCCUGAUCACUUUCCACCCUGUUAGUUUGUUGUAAUUCUCCACUUAAUAAAACAACCACUUCCUACAAUGACACCACAUUCAGGAAGUGUCAUCAUUUCUUUGGUGGGAAAACAUUGGUGCAAAGCUAAAUAAAUAUAAACACUCAGUUGUAUCUUGUUCAUUGUUUCAUGUUGUUAGUCUGUAUGUCCCACUUAUACAUUUCCACCAUAUUAGGCUAAAUUAUAGGGAUUUCAUUUCUCUAAAUGUUAAAAUAUGUUUGAUAGAGAAGUUAAAAUCCUGUUCAAGUGUUCAUCAUUAUGCUAGCUCAAUCUUGCACACUCACAGAGCUAUGGCUAAUUUAGGCUCAAAAUGUCCACCCUGUUAGGAUUAUGCACAUAACAAAUUGGAAAAUGCACCCCAAAGAAUUUUAGGUGCCUGAGCUUGCUUGACCAAUAUGUUUUUCUGUAAGUCAAACAUGUCCCUUUUCUUUUUCUGAUAUAAUAGUUUUAUUUAUUUAUAUAUAUAUAUAUAUAUAUAUAUAUAUAUUAUUUCCCCCCCCCAACUAUUUUGAGGUCCAAAAUGGCACCACAUUGUAUGAUGACCCAGCUAGCUCAAAGCAGGGCCAUAUACAGUAUCUACAUCAGGGAUUGGCAACUUAUUGUUACGAGGUAGAAUACACAAGAUGCAAUUUCGAAAUUUGGUUGUGCAUCAACUGUUUCUCUUAUGUAAAUCACUGAUAGUCACUUAAUUAGCCCAUAUCAGGAUAUUUUUAUUUAGAUUGGUAAGUUAGUCUAGCGGCCUAGGGGGGAGUCCCAUUGAUUUUGUUAGUCAGUCUCACAGAUAUCAUAUAAAAACACUGCAAACAUUUCUCUCCACCCUAUGGCAAAAUCUGUAGAAUUUCAGGAAAUUAGCUGUCAAAUGGUGUUGAUUUACAGGGUCAGCCAUAGCAGUAAAGUGCCCCUGGAGCAAUUAGGGUUAAGUGCCUUGUUCAAGGGAAUAUCGAUAGAUUUUUGCCCUAGUCAGUUUGGGGAUUCGAUCCAGCGACCUUUUCGGUUACUGGCCCAACGCUCUUAACCACUAGGCUACACCCUACUUCUAUUCCCUGUCUUUGGCAACACUGUGCCCGUUUUGCAGGGUUUGUGCUAGUGAACCACCACACAGGGGACGUAAAAUGAGUGUGUGCGUGCAAACUAGAUUUACUGCUUUCUUGUGCACUGCUCGGUAAUGCCCAAGUAAUAGGAACCGAUUAUGGAUAUAGGAUAUACCUUCCAAUAUGGGGAAAGUGUUGCUAAAAACAGGUAACGUUUGUCAUUUGACCGCGACUUGAAAAUAUAUUGUAUGGCAAGGUCUUCUGUUUGGGCUUAUACCCAUCCACUUAACGUGGUUUUGCUCUCUAUCACUUUAGAUGCCACUGUGUAUGUGGGUGGUCUGGAUGAGAAAGUGGCAGAGCCACUGCUGUGGGAGCUCUUCCUACAGGCUGGGCCUGUGGUCAACACACACAUGCCCAAAGACAGAGUCACGGGACAACACCAAGGUAUGUAACACACUCAUAAACAACACAUUGGUAACAAAACUGACACAUAUGCUACCAUCAGUAAGACCAACCAAAUAUGCUACACUUUACUGCGGUCUAACAUAGUGGCACAUGGUGGGGUGGCGCACUCAUGUUUGAAAAUAGGAACUGCGUAAAACUAACUUAUACAAAAAAUACAGACCAUUGUAGAUUAUAUACACUGAAACUGUGACAGAAAUUGCUCCUGGUGGUAAUCAGAAAUCUGUAUUUUCAAAUAGCAGACCAUCAAAAAAUCUGCGUUUUAAACCUUUUCACCUGUGUUUUAUAUUGAAAGUCAUGUUUUUUUUCUUCAAUAGUUAUCAGGGGCUUGCAACUAUAGUUUUCCUUCACAGAUAAUACAUUACUGCAACACAUUCGGCAGAAAAUAGCUUCAUUUUCAUCAUAUGACAAUAGAAGUGCAACGCUAUUUGGCUAGCAACCACACAAGUAAAUGAGCUUACAAUGUAAAAGCAAGGUAUUUUUUGCUAAAACGAUGCAUGCCAUCAUAUUUAUGUUUAUCAUCGAAAUAAUGAAUCCCAGCUACAUUUCCUAAUGUUUUGCUAAAAGUUCAUCUUGCAUUUUACCGGAGAAAAGUAGGCUACACCGACAAGUAGCUACACAUCAGUCAGAGCGCUGUCUGCUGAUAGAAUGCCCGUUGGUGAAUUCUCAUCCGAGUGGAGAAGUGCAACUGAAGCACAAGAUUUGUCUGAAAUUACAAUAUAACCUUUUUUGGUCUGCUUUUACAAUACACAGCAAGAUAUUUGUUAUGCAAACGCAGAAUUCUGGUUAAUUACACUGAACAAAUAUAUAAACGCAACAUGCAACAUUUUCAAAGAUUUUACAGUUCAUAUAAGGAAAUCAGUCAAUUUAAAUAAAUAAAUUAGGCCCUAAUCUAUGGAUUUCACAUGACUGGGAAUAGAGAUAUGCAUCUGUUGGUCACAGAUACCUUAAAAAGUAGGGGCAUGGAUAAGAAAACCAGUCAGUAUCUGGUGUGACCACCAUUUGCCUCAUGCAUCGCGACACAUCUCCUUCGCAUAGAGUUGAUUAGGCUGUUGAUUGUGGCCUGUGGAAUGUUGUCCCACUCCUCUUCAAUGGCUGUGCGAAGUUGCUGGAUAUUGGCAGGAACUGGAACACGCUGUUGUACACGUCGAUCCAGAGCGUCCCAAACAUGCUCAAUGGGUGACAUGUCUGAGUAUGCAGGCCAUGGAAGAACUGGGACAUUUUCAGCUUCAGGAAUUCUGUACAGAUCCUUGUGACAUGGAGCAUUAUCAUGCUGAAACAUGAGGUGAUUGCAGCGGAUGAAUGGCACGACAAUGUGCCUCAGGAUCUCGUCACAGUAUCUCUGUGCAUUGAAAUUGCCAUUGAUAAAAUUCAAUUGUUUUCGUUGUCCGUAGCUUAUGCUUUCCCAUACCAAAACCCCACCACCACCAUGGGGCACUCUGUUCACAACGUUGACAUCAGCAAACCGCUUGCCCACACGACGUCUGCCAUCUGCCCGGUACAGUUGAAACCGGGAUUAAUCCGUGAAGAGCACACUUCUCCAACGUGCCAGCGGCCAUCAAAAGUGAGCAUUUCCCCACUAAAGUCGGUUACGACGCCAAACUGCAGUCAGGUCAAGACCCUGGUGAGGAUGACGAGCACACAGAUGAGCUUCCCUGAGACGGUUUCUGACAGCUUGUGCAGAAAUUAUUUGGUUGUGCAAACCCCCAGUUUCAUCAGCUGUCCCGGUGGCUGGUCUCAGAUGAUGCCGCAGGUGAAGGGGAUGUGGAGGUCCUGUGCUGGCGUGGUUAGACGUGGUCUGCGGUUGUGAGGCCGGUUGGACAUACUGCCAAAUUCUCUUAAAACGACAAAGGCGGCUUAUGGUAGAGAAAUUAACAGUCAGUUAUUUGGCAACAGCUCUGGUGACAAAACUGCACAUUUUAGAGUGGCCUUUUAUUGUUCCCAGCACAAGAUGCACCUGUGUAAUGAUCAUGCUGUUUAAUCAGCUUCUUGAAAUUCAACACCUGUCAGUUGGAUGGAUUAUCUUGGCAAACAGGGAUGUAAACAAAUUUGUGCACAGCAUUAGAGAAAUAAGCUAUUUGGCAUAGGGAGAAGUUCUGAGAUCUUUUAUUUCAGCUCAUAAAACAUGGGACCAACACUUUAUAUUUUUGUUCAGUGUAUGAAGGGUAUUGGAUUGAAUAGGUCUAUGCUAUGAAAGCAAACCCAACACUUGAUGUCACGUGAUUUUUGGAGACUCCUUUAGCGACAAAUAGCUUGUCAAUAAUGCUGAUCAGAAAGAUAACAAUGAAAGUCUUAUUGAAUGUUAUUCUUCCCUCUGUCUCCCCCCGACCCCCCUCCGUAAGGCUAUGGCUUUGUUGAGUUCCUCAGUGAAGAGGAUGCGGACUAUGCCAUCAAGAUUAUGAACAUGAUUAAACUAUACGGUAAGCCCAUCCGUGUCAACAAGGCCUCAGCGCACAACAAGAACCUGGAUGUGGGCGCCAACAUCUUCAUCGGUAACCUAGACCCGGAGAUCGACGAGAAACUCCUCUACGACACGUUCAGCGCCUUUGGGGUCAUACUGCAGACGCCCAAGAUCAUGCGCGACCCGGACACUGGCAACUCCAAGGGCUACGCCUUCAUCAACUUUGCCAGUUUCGACGCCUCUGACGCAGCCAUCGAGGCCAUGAACGGCCAGUACCUGUGCAACCGACCCAUUACGGUGUCAUACGCCUUCAAGAAGGACUCCAAGGGUGAGCGGCACGGCUCGGCCGCUGAACGCCUCCUAGCUGCUCAGAACCCGCUUUCGCAGGCCGAUCGGCCGCAUCAGCUAUUCGCAGAUGCACCGCCACCCCUCUCUGCCUCGACCCCUGUCCUCACCACCCUGGGAGUCGGGAUGCCCAUGCCUGGUAAGUGUGUGUGUGUGUGUGUGUGCACAAGUGGGUGCACCAGGGUUUGAGAAUUUUAUUUCAGCUUCUGAAACACUUCGGGUAUUUCGUGGUGGUACUUAGAUAGUAAUCCUAUUUGCCUUGUAUAGCUUAGCCAUAGAUUGUGCUCCGUAGAUUUGUAAGAGUAAGAAUGACAAAAACUAGAUUUUCCUCACAAUGUGAAGGUUUUAUGUUGGCUUCACAAUAACUUGACUAAAAACUUCAGUAACACAACAUCUACAUCAAGAUCAUUUCAAUUCAACUUUUUUUUUAAUGUGCAAUUUCUCUCUCUUUCUCUGAUCUUCAUUUCCAGGCAUGCCCCCUCCUGGUGCCUUCCCUCCUGUGCCACCCCCCGGAUCCAUGCCCCCUGGUAUGCCCCCUGGCAUGCCCCCAGCCCCAGGGACACCAGGACCCCAGGGAGGGGGCUCAGGCCCCCCACCUGGCCCACCACCCUUCCACCAGGGCAUGCACCCGGGUAAGUCACUCACCACAGCCAUAUAAUUGGAAUGAGGACAACUGUCAGGAAACGCUUUCUCAGAUUGUUACAUUUAGAAAUUGUAGUGUGUGGAAGUUAGUGCUACUUCUGGUUAAAGGAAGAGAGCCUAUUGUGUGCUAUGAGGUGCAUUAAUAUAUGCCAUUUAGCAGACUCUUUUAUCCAAAGGGACUUAGUCAUGCUUGCAUACAUUUUACGUAUGGGUGUUCCCGGGAAUCAAACUCACUAUACUGGUGUUGCAAGCGCCAUGCUCUACCACCAAUUAUAUUGUUCAUAUCCAACAGGAAUGUCCCAGAUGCCCAUGCAUCCUCAUGGCCAUCCCCCAGGUAUGGUGCCUCCACCGGGCCCCCCAGGAUCCAACCAGCACCGGGCACCUCCACCCCCUGGCAUGCCCCCUCAUCCACACAUGGGCAUGCCACCGAGAGGGCCCUAUGGGCAUCCCAUGGGUGAGUGCUGUGCCUUCACAAGGCUAGGGGUCAGCUAAUAUAUUUCAACUGAUAGGAGUUGAAAUCUCCCAUCAGUUGGAUAAUUGCCUCUUAGUUGACUCCUGAUUCAUGCAAAACAAUUAAUCACUUUUGGUUUCGCUACUAUUCUGUUUCUUAACGUUUAAAGCUACAGUCAGCAAUUGGUACAUCCAUUUUGGACUUUUACUAAAUGUAUGUAUUUGUAAACAAACACUGUAUAGCUUCAAAACAUUUUGACAAAUCUAUCUAAAGGGACACAAUAAAGAAAUUAAUUAAUUGUAUGGAUAUCCAAGUGCUUUGUUUUCUAAUAUCCUUGUUGAAAUGUGCUGCUCUGAGAUUAUAUAUCAUUGUGUCAAUCCCCUCUCUCUCUCUCCCCAUCCACACAGGUCACCCCAUGCAUCCAGGUAUGAGAGGACCCCCUCCUCCCAUGCCCCCACCAGGCUACGGUGGGGGUCCCCCUCGUCCACCUCCGUUUGGUUUCCAGAGGGGGCCUCCAAUGCCACCGAGGCCCCCCGGCGGCCCACCUCGAGGCCCCAUGAGAGGACCAAUGCCCCCAUAGACUACGGAGGACCACAGCAAGGCGCAUGACCAUGCUUUCAUUUAGCGUUUUUUAUUUCUAUUCCAGAUUACAAUUUGGAGACAUGGUGUAACUCCAUUUUUUUGUAUGUUUUUUUCUUCUUUACUGUACAGAUCCUGAACCUGCAAGGAAUAAAGGUUUUAAUACAACAAA